UAUGCAUUUUUAGCUUUCCUUUUCAUCAUUCUCAUAACAUAACGAUUUAUUUUAUUAGCAAAAAAAUUGUAGGCAUAUAAUUUGAUGAAAUAAGCUGUUUAAUUUUUAGGUGCAUAAGGCUGAAGAAAAAAUCAGUGUAAAGAUAAAUGUACUGAUGUGAAAUCUCACAUGAAUAAAACUUUUCAGAUAUUUAUGCGAGUUGUUAGUUUUUUUGAAGCACGUAAAAAAUGCAGAUAUCGCUACUUCAAUGUAUGAUGUAUGAGAAUUACUGCAGCAUGGCUAACUUGCUGAGAAAGUACUCCAUAAACUUAAGAUAAAAUUACGGAAAUCUAUGGAGUACUAACUGAUUAUUUAAGUGUGUUGUUCAUUUUCAGGAUAGAAUAAUUCAUUUAAAAAUAUAGUGCUGAUUCACUUUUUACAUCUUGUAAAGUCAUUGGAAGAUAACCAUUUAAACUGUAAAGUGGAGUAAGAGUGUAAUGUGUGUGUAAGAGAAAGUAAAAGGCAUAUAAUUAGGAAAUCUGUUAAUUAUAUAUUACCUUCAACUUUUCUUGUAUGUAAGUUUGAAGCAAGAUGCACAUGAAAUAGAUAGCAAUUGAUAGCCAUUUAUGGAUACCAUAUACUGUAUGCUCUCAGUACCCUUUUCAUAAGAGAAUGUCAUCAUAAAACAUAUUCUAAAAUAUUGGAGCUAAAAUUAUAGUAUACAGACCUGCAUUUUUUUAUAUGAAAAUCUUGUGUUUAUCACAUUUCACUGAAUUAUGUAUGCAUCUGCCCAUUGUAAAUUUUGCAUUUCCCAUGAUAUAGUAUAUUGAAGUGAAUUAUGUAAACAGGUGUGCACCAAACUGUGGAUACUUGACUAUGAUGUAUGCCAUAAAUUAUUUUUCCGUAAGUGUACUUUAAAAGUGCAUAUGAAAAGUUACACUGAUAUAAGACUUCAUGUAUGAUACAUGUAAUAAGGUAUUUGCAUAUUUCUAUCCCUAAGUAGCUUAUGUAGCCAUAAGCAUAGUCACAUUGCGAAAAGACCAUACAGUUUUUGGUACAUGAUAUAGUUUAUUUACGUGUAGUGGUAACUUAAAGAAACAAUGUCUACCAAUACUGGUGAAAUGACUCAUAAAUGUCGUGAGUGUAAUAAGUUAUUUGCUCAAAAAAAAUAUUUAAAGAAGCAUAUGGUAAUUCAUACUGGUGUGAAACCCUAUCAAUGUGGCACAUGUAAUAUGGCAUUUACAUUGAAAAGUGGCUUAUCUCGUCAUAUGCUUGUUCACACUGGUGAGAAACCACAUCGCUGUGAUGUAUGUCACAAAUCAUUUGCACGCAAAGGUCAAUUAAACACGCAUAUGUAUACUCAUAGUGGUGAAAUGCCUCACAAAUGUCAUGAGUGUAAUAAGUUUUUUUCUCAAAAAAAUUAUUUAAAGAAACAUAUGGUAAUUCAUACUGGUAUGAAACCUUACAAAUGUGGCACAUGUAAUAUGGCAUUUGCAUUGCAAUGUGUCUUAUCUCGCCAUAUGCAUCUUCACACUGGUGAGAAACCACAUUGCUGUGAUGUAUGUCACAAAUCAUUUGCACUCAAAGGUCAAUUAAACACACAUAUGUUUACCCAUAGUGGGGAGAUGCCUCACAAAUGUCAUGAGUGUGAUAAGGUAUUUGCUCAAAAAGUUUAUUUAAAGAAACAUAUGGUAAUUCAUACUGGUAUGAAACCCUAUAAAUGUGGCACAUGUAAUAUGGCAUUUGCAUUCCGAAGUGUCUUAUCUGGCCAUAUGCGUGUUCACAGUGGUGAGAAACCACAUCGCUGUGAUGUAUGUCACAAAUCAUUUGCGCGCAGAGGUCACUUAAAUGCACAUAUGUUUACACAUACUGGUGAAAAGCCACAUAAAUGUGAUGUGUGUGAGCAGUCUUUCAUUGACAAAGCUAAAUUACGAAAACACAUAUGUGCUGGUGAAAAACCAUAUAAUUGUGAUGUAUGUAAUGAAUCAUUUGCACACAAAGGUGUCUUAAAUAAACAUAAGUUUAUCCAUGCUGGUGGACCACCAUAUAAGUGUGAUGUAUGUAAUGCGUCAUUUUCAUUUAAAUCGAGUGUAAAUGUGCAUAAAAAAAGUGUCCAUACUGAUAUAAGGCCUCAUAAAUGUGAUUUAUGCAAUUUGUCUUUUAUUCGAAAAAGUACUUUAAUUGAGCACAUGCGUAUCCACAGUAGUGAGAAGCCAUACAGUUGUAAUACAUGUUGCAAGUCAUUUGCACGUAAAAGUGAUUUAAACAAACACUUCCUUAUACAUACUGAUGACAAACCAUUAAAGUGUAGCUUUUGUAGUAAAUCAUUCAAACGCCGUGAUGCUUUAAAAAAUCACCUGCGUACACAUACCGGUGAAAAGCCACAUACGUGUGAUGUGUGUAAUAUCUCAUUUAUAAGCAAAGCUAAUUUAAAUGUACAUUUGCUUACCCAUACUGGUGAGAAAUCAUAUAAAUGUGAGGUAUGUUGCAAACUCUUUGGAACUAAAAGUAGACUAAACAUCCACAUGCGUACCCACACAGGUGAAAAAUCUGAAAAAUCAUACAUAUGUAAUAUGUGUGGCAGGGCAUUUGCACGGAGAUCUACUCUAAGAAAUCAUAUAUAUACUCAUACUGGUGAGAAAACUCCUAAGUGCAAUAUAUGAAACAAAUUAUAUAUCUAAAAAAAAAUACCUUAAUGACACAUGUGAUUACUUACAUUAAAGAUAUAUCGUGUUGAAUGUGAUAAAUGUAGCAAGUCAUUUGCACAUUAAAGCAACUUAAAUCAGCAUUUCCUUUUGCAUACUACUGAAAUUCAUAUAAAUUUUAUAUAUGUACUAAAUCUUUUACACUAAAAGGCUACUUAGCAAAAUACAUAUACCAACAUAGAGGAAAAACUACAUGAAUGUUAUAUAAAGUAAUUUACAUACUCCAAACUGCAGAUGAGGCAAUUUAGUUCUGUAAUUUCUGAUUAUCUGCACUCGUCCAGAAAUGUCGAAAAAAAAGUAUUUGUAAGGCAAUAAAUAUGCUAUGUUACUGAAAAAUGUUUAUGUGGCAACCCAGGUAUGUGUGUAGUUAUUCCUACAGAUAACUUACCUUUUCUAUAGACAUUUUGCCCAGUAUGGUGGCAGGUUAUGGUCCCUGCUAAAGAAAUUUCUGUGUUUUAGCAUUGCAGUGGACCACAUACUAUACUUUUUGUUUGACUUGACUUUCUGCAUUCAUGGGGUGUAAUUUGUCUGACUUAACACAUAUAAACACAUAUAUAUGCCUAUAAAACACAUAUAUAUGCCUUAACACAUAUAUAUGCCUGUUUUUUUUCCUUCCUAUUUCAGAUUUUGGUGCUGCGGUUAUAUACGAUGGGGAGUUAAUGCCAUUUCCUGAUCUCUUUUUAAAUGAAAACGUUUCCCAUGAAGAGAACAACAAUGACAACACCUGAAAAAUGUUUUAUAUGGGAAUAAAAAAUAAAAUGUGUUUCACGGAAUAUGUUGUGGAGUAUAGAUAUCAAGCUACCUAAACAAUUUUUUUUCUGUGAUGUCACCAAGGAUUUUUCAAAUGCUUCUUCAGUUGCAAUGAGUUUAUAAAUUUUCUGUGGGGGUGCAAAUAAUCAGAAAGUACCUUUAAUUCCCUCCUCCAAACUGCAGAUGAGAUCCUAAUUAUUGGAUAUGGUCAUUUGCAUACCAGUGUAUUUUAAAGAAAUAUACCUGGGAAAGUUUAGUGUGGUAUAAAUAUUAUAUUAUUGUGUAGAGCACUGGUUAGCAAUCAACAUGCAUACCAUGGACUUUGGAAAAAAGGAGAUUGCUAAGAGAAAAUGAUGUGGUAUUGCAGAAAUGAAGCAUAUGUAACUGUCAACAGUUAAUUUAUUAUUCUAAAUUAAUUUGUAAUUGCUGUUAAAUAUAUAUAAGUACACAAUAAGAAAAGGUGUAUUUCAGGAUAUAAUCUCUCCAAAAAUUAUUUGCUGAACCCACUCAUAGAUUGCAAACCACAUGAGUUCUACUGCUGUGGUGGACUAAAUAUACAUCUAUCUCUAUAUGUGCUUAGAAAGUACACCUUUACAUAAAUAUUAGAAACUUUAAAAUUUUAAUAAAAGAAGAAAUAAAUAUUUCAUAUAUAUGUUCUUUAUGUAAGAAAUGUAAAAAUCUGCACCAAGGAAAUAAUUUUGUGUCCUGUGCAAAUAAAAAAGUAUUUUUCAACAGAUUUUUUUUAUUAGGAUUAUAUUUUAAGCAAAGAUGUUAGGUUAACUUUUUAGAUAGAUGUCUCUCAUGCAUCAAUUAUUGCAUUUUUUACGCUUUCUUAUCCUCUGCUAUUCUUUCUCAUGAAGAUUGCACUAGAUGUCAAUGUUUUCAGGAAAUUAAGGCCAUCAAAAAUGACACUACAGUCAGUUUAUAGAAGGUGCUUAAGAGGCUUUUGAUGCAUUUUGCCAAUGUUAUGAAAUAUCAAGAAAGAUGUGGUAUUAGAACUUCUUUGCAAGUAUAUCUAUUAACUUUUUUAACGUAUCUGAGUGAAAACAUCACCAUGCCUAGCUGUAAGAUAAUAAGUACAGCUUCAAAGUGCAUAUAUAUACUAAGCAUAUUACAUAGUCACUUUUCAAGAGAUAUCAGUGUAUCCACAAAUGUAUUAAAUCAUAUGUCAAUAACAUGUUUAUCAAGUCCUUUGUAUAAAAAUUUGCAUUCAUGAAGGUGUAUAGAAAUAACUGUGUUGUAGAGAUAUAUGGCAGUUAAUGUUUAAUAAAGCUUCCUUUCAGACA